AUGACGUUUCCUACCUUUCUUCUUUAUGAAUUUCUUUUGGAUUUUCAUAAUGAUAGAAAAACGCUCUAUACUUGUGCAUUAGUGAAUCGAGAAUGGUGUAGAAUAACGAUUCCUCUUCUCUGGAGAAAUCCCAUAAAACUAUUACAUGGACCUGAUGAUUAUUAUCCAUAUCAUAGAUAUAGAAAUAAUCAUGUAAAACUUGUUGACACAUAUUUAUCGUAUCUUAAUAACGAAGAAAGAGCCAAGCUUAUUAAAAAUGGAUUCAAACUACCGUUAAGAAGUAACCCUCCAAUCUUUGAUUAUAUUUCUUUCCUAAGAUACGUUUCAAAUGGAGAUAUUCAAAUGAUUAGUUUAUUUUGGUGUUUAUACUUUGAUGCUAGUAAGAUACCUGUUAUAAAUCCUUUAAAUUCUUUAAAUUCUUUUAGUAAUAGACGAAGGAUAAAAAUUGUUUCUGGUUUAUGGAAUUUAAUGCGAGAAAUAUUUGAGAUUUUUAACAGGAAACAACGUCCAAUAACGACAGAAAUCACUCAAGCAGCUCAUGCUUCAGUAGUUCCUCCCGUAGGUGAUGACUUUUAUACAACAGAUGUAUUAUUGAAAUCUGAAAUAAUACAUCAUACUCUCACAAAGUUGAUAAUAGAGCAAUGCCCUAAUAUUAAACAUUUACAAUCAACGUCAACGCUUAUCGGUUCAAGUUCUAACAACAAUUACACAGAAAUAAUUUUAAAAUAUCCAAGGCUUCAUGAAUGUUUUACUCAUCUGAAAAGUUUUGAAAGUCGAAGUAAUUUCUACAGAGGAACUUCAUUUGAUAUACUUUCUGAAAUUUGUCAUGAAUUACGUAAGAUUGAAGUUUCUUCAUGUAAUCCAACGCAUUUAUCAACUGUUGGUGAAGAUAAAGAAAAUCCAGCUAUAAUAGAAUCACAAAAAUUAUCAAAUCUUAUCAAGGUUCAAAGAUGUUUACGAGAAUUUAUACUUUGGAAUUGUAAAUUAGGAAUUUUAGAUAUCAUCAAUUCUUUAAUAUCAACUCAACAAUAUUCGAUGCGUACACUUUCUUUUCAUCAUUGUGAUUUUCAAAAUAUAAUUUGGUUGCACGUUCUUUCUGAAUUACCAAACUUGGAGACUCUAACAUUUGAUCAAUGUAUAAAUGUUUCAGAACAAACAUCAUCAAAACUUGUUCUUUCUAAUCUUAAAUAUUUGAAAUAUAUUUAUGGAUAUACUUCACCAAAUGCAAAAUUUCAAUUUUUAGAAUCGGAUCUUUUUAAUCAUUUGGAAUUAUUACAUAAUAUAAAAUUGUGUAAAAAUUUAAUUUCUUUAUCAACUUAUGUUUAUUCAAAUAUUCAAGAAGAUUUAUUUACUACACUUAUUAGUUUAGAUCAUUUGAAAAAAUUGGCGAUUACCGAAAUUUCUUAUUAUUCAUUAGAAACUAAGCAAAAAUGUUUAAUUUUUUCCGAAUUUUUAACAAAAUUAGCCAAUCAUUUACCAUCAACUUUACAAUGGUUACAUAUAGGAACAAAAUUUGCAAUAAGAAAGAAUAUAUUAGAAGAAUUUAAGAAUAAUACCUUAUGUAAAUUUAAAAAAAUGACAAUUUUUGGAGGAUUAGAUUGGGAUAUGGAAAAUCAAAAAGUAGAAUUUGAAGGUGUUUACGAUGAAUUAAAUAUUGAUGAUAUUAAAAAUAGUUUGAUUCCAAAUUACGGAAUUAUAUUUUCCGUAUAA